AUUGACUCUAUGAAAAGUAAUAUUUCUUUGAUUAUUACUUAUUCUCUUCUAUAGAAUCAAUUUUUGGCUAUAUCAAUACUCUUGACUCUAGAAACAUCGAUAGCUGGAGAGUCGAUAUUUUCUGAAGUUUUGUCAGUCAUCACCUCUUGUUUGCAUUCAUUAGAAUUUUUGCUGUGUAAUUAUUAUUCUUUUUGUUGAAAUACUUUGUUAUUAUAUAAGAAAAAAUUUAUAUAAUUCUUCCGAUAUGACUGCUGCUGUUGAGCCUCAAAGGGCAAGAUCCCUACAAGAAUAUCGCCGAAAAUUAACUGAACAUAAAGAAGUUGAAGGAAGACUAAAAGACAUGAGAGAGCAGCUAAAGGAUUUGACAAAAAGAUAUGACAAAUCUGAGAACGACUUGAAAGCUCUCCAGAGUGUUGGCCAAAUUGUUGGCGAAGUAUUGAAACAGCUGACUGAAGAGAAAUUUAUCGUGAAGGCGACGAACGGGCCGCGCUACGUGGUGGGAUGUCGCCGCCAACUGGACAAGUCCAAGCUGAAGUCGGGCACUCGAGUGGCCCUCGACAUGACCACACUGACCAUCAUGCGCUACCUGCCUCGCGAGGUCGACCCCCUUGUCUACAACAUGUCGCACGAGGACCCCGGCACCGUCACCUACUCCAGCAUCGGCGGCCUCACUGAACAGCUCAGGGAACUCAGAGAGGUUAUUGAGCUGCCACUCCUGAAUCCAGAACUGUUGUUGAGAGUAGGCAUCACCCCACCGAAAGGCUGCCUUUUGUAUGGUCCUCCGGGAACUGGCAAGACGCUUUUAGCUCGUGCUGUCGCCAGUCAGAUGGAUGCCAAUUUCCUCAAGGUUGUUUCGAGUGCUAUAGUCGACAAAUACAUUGGUGAGAGCGCUCGGCUAAUUCGUGAGAUGUUCAACUACGCCCGCGAUCAUCAGCCGUGCAUCAUAUUCAUGGAUGAAAUUGACGCUAUUGGUGGACGUCGUUUCUCAGAGGGAACGUCUGCUGAUCGUGAGAUUCAGCGAACUCUCAUGGAGCUGUUGAAUCAGAUGGAUGGAUUCGAUUCUCUUGGACUGGUGAAAAUGAUUAUGGCCACCAACAGGCCAGAUACUCUGGACCCUGCCCUUCUCCGUCCUGGACGUCUCGAUCGUAAAAUUGAAAUUCCACUUCCCAAUGAGCAGGCUCGACUCGAAAUUUUGAAAAUCCAUGCUGCACCGAUCGCUAAGCACGGAGAUAUUGAUUACGAAGCUGUAGUGAAGUUGUCGGAUGGGUUCAACGGUGCCGAUCUGAGAAACAUCUGUACUGAGGCCGGCCUUGUGGCCAUCCGCGCAGAGAGAGAGUACGUCAUCCAGGAAGAUUUCAUGAAAGCUGUGCGCAAGGUUGCUGAUCACAAGAACCUGGAAUCGAAGCUCGAUUACAAACCUGUCUAAACCGCACUGUUCUAAACGUAUUAUCAAUAAUGCAUUUUGAAUUUCGAAUAAUCUUAUUUCAAUGUAUUAUUAAACCUAUAAUUUUCGAACUGG